CUGGAGGACUGCACGCUACAGGUCUCGCCCUCUGGACACUACCUGGACCUCGACUUGUCCCUCUUGGAGCAGAAGGAUGAUCUGGAGGGUUUCUAUGAGGAAGUCAGGAAGGGAAGACGGCCAACUCUGAUCCUGCGCACGCAGCUCUCCGUGCGAGUCCACGCCAUCAUCGAGAAGCUGUACAACUCGCAGGGGCCGGAGCUGCGACGAUCCCUCUUCUCCCUCAAGCAGCUCUUUCAGGAGGACAAGGACCUGGUGCCAGAGUUCGUGAACCUGGAUGGGUUGACGUGCCUGAUCAAAGUGGGGGCAGAGGCCGACCAGAACUACCAGAAUUACAUCCUACGGGCCUUGAGUCAGAUCAUGCUCUUUGUGGACGGGAUGCAGGGUGUCAUCAACCACAACGAGACCAUCCAGUGGCUGUACACGCUGUCAGGAAGCCCAUUUCGCUUGGUGGUGAAGAUGGCCCUGAAGCUGCUGCUGGUGUUCGUGGAAUACACGGAACCCAAUGCCCUGCUCCUCAUCCGUGCCGUCAACGCCGUGGACCAGGCGAGAGGCGCAUGCCCGUGGUCCAACCUGAUGGCCAUCCUGGAGCAACGCAACGGGGCUGACACCGAGCUGCUGGUGUUCGCCAUGACGCUGAUCAACAAGACGCUGGCAGCCCUCCCAGACCAGGACACCUUCUACGACGUGACGGACUGCCUGGAGCAGCAGGGCAUGGAGCGGGUGGUGCAGCAGUACCUGGGCAACAAGGGCACUGACCUCGACCUGAAGCAGCAGUUCUCAGUCUAUGAAAGCGCUCUCAAGCUGGAGGAUGGUGUGGAAGAGCUGCCCCCGGGGGGACGCAAGGAGCGGAGGAGGACGGACGAGGGCCGGCGUGGGUGGCGAUCCCAGGGCAGCUGCCCAGAGCCUGGCCCCGAUGCCCAGCCACUGCUGGGGNUCCCAGUGCCAGGGUGGAGGGCAGCCCUACAGGACCUGCUCUCAGUCCUUGUCACCUCUUCUUCCAGACCUUGUCCCAGCAGCAUCUACAGCAGUGCGUCCAGCGUGCGGCUGGCCCUGGCCUGCCCUCCGACUGAGAAGGAGCAGCCCCCAGGCCUGGGUGAGCGCAGCGUCUACAAAGCUCGCUUCUUGGAGAACCUGGCUGCAGCCCAGAAGGAGAAGAUCUCUUCCAUGGCCAAGGGACGGCUCGAUGUCCUCAGCGAUGCUGUGCUGGAGCAUUCCACUGCUCUUGCGCAGGACAGGAACAGCGGCAGCCCUGAGCCCGGGAUGGAGCCAGCCAGCAUAAGGUCUCGCCUGGCUCGGCCAGACACCACCGACUCGUGCAGCACCAUCUCCUCUGACACCAAGUUCAUGCUGGACAUGCUCUAUGCCAAGGGCUCCUCGGAGCCAGGGAAGGAGAAGGUCUUCCCCGAGGUCCCAUCAUCCCCCCUGGUCCAGGGUGAGGCAGAGAUGGAUGGCGAGGGAGGUGGCAGCAGGGAGCAGGAGGGCGCCCGGCUCUGUGGCAGGGCUCCAGAUGGACCGGUGGCCAGUGCCCACGCCAAGCUGGCACGUGCCAUGUCCAGCAUAGAUGCCGAGACCCACACGCAGAAGCUGGAGAACACCGGGAUGAUGCCCAUCAAGAAGGAUGUGGAGCUGACAUGGGAGCGCCUGGAGGCCAACCCCAUGCAGCUGAAGAUCAAGGACUUAGACUUCACUGAUCUGGGGGAAGAAGAAGACUUUGACAUCCUGGACACGGGGCCCAUGACCAAUGGCUCCUUCCUCUCUCCCGGCAUCAAAGCAACAAGCACUGGACCUCUCAUGGUUCCCCCUCCACCUCCUGUGGUCCCUGGCUGCCCACCACCUCCCCCUCCACCUCCUGUGGUCCCCGGCUGCCCACCACCUCCACCUCUUGUGGACCCUGUCUGUCCACCCCUCCCAGGGCUGCCAGGCCCCUCAGCAAUAGAUGGCCCCUCCCAGGCCAAGAAGAAGAGGACAGUGAAGCUCUUCUGGAAGGAGCUGAAGCAGCUGGAUGGCACAGUGGGGCCGGGCAGAUUCGGCCAGUCAACACUGUGGGCGUCCCUGCAGAACGUUGAGGUCAAUGCUGCCAAACUGGAGCAUCUCUUUGAGUCACGGUCAAAGGAAGUGCCAACUUCAAAGAAGGCCAUCGAUGGGAAGAAGGUGGUGGUGGUGCUGGACCCCAAGAGGAGCAAUGCCAUCAACAUUGGCCUCACGGUGCUGCCCCCUGUGCACAUCAUCAAGACGGCCGUGCUCAACUUUGACGAGUUUGCAGUCAAUAAGGAAGGGAUUGAGAAAAUCCUGACCAUGGUCCCGACUGAGGAGGAGAAGCAGAAGAUCCAGGAGGCCCAGUUGGCAAACCCUGAUGUGCCCUUGGGCUCUGCGGAGCAGUUCCUGCUUUCCCUGUCUGCCAUCAGCGACCUCACAGCCAGGCUCCAGCUCUGGGCCUUCAAGCUGGACUAUGAGAGCCUGGAGCAGGAGAUUGCAGAGCCGCUCUUUGAUCUGAAGGUGGGCAUGGAGCAGCUGGCCAGAAAUCACACCUUCAAGUGCAUCCUAGCCACGCUGCUGGCCAUGGGCAACUUCUUGAACGGCUCCCAGAGCAGAGGCUUUGAGCUGGGCUACCUAGAGAAAGUCUCGGAAGUGAAGGACACGGUGCAUCGGCAGUCCCUGCUCCACCAUCUCUGCCAGAUGGUGGUAGAGAAGUUCCCAGAAACCACUGACCUCUACUCCGAGAUUGCCUCCAUCACCCGCUCCGCCAAGGUUGACUUUGAUGAGCUGGCCAACAGCCUGGUGCAGCUGGAGCGGAGGUGCAGGACAUCCUGGGAUAACCUGAAGGUGAUUGCCAAGCACGAAACCAAGCCGGUGCUGAAGAACAAGCUGACGGACUUCCUCAAGGACAGCACCCAGCGCAUUGUUGUCCUGAAGGUGGUGCACAGGCGCAUCCUCAACAGGUUUCACUCCUUCCUGCUGUACCUGGGAUACCCGGCGAACGCGGCGCGGGACGUGAAGGUGACACCCAUCUGCAAGCUGCUGCGGGAGUUCGCCCUGGAGUACCGCACCUGCCGGGAGCGCGUCCUGCAGCAGCAGAAGAAACGGGCUGCCUACCGCGAGCGCAACAAGACCCGGGGACGGCUCAUCACCGAGACAGAAAAGUUCUCUGGCAUCGCUGAGGCCACUUCAUCACCCGCCGUGGUAUCCAGCGGCCCCGAGGAGCAGAUGGAAGUGGGUCACGAGAGCAUGAAGACCCUGCUGACCUCCCCCACGGAUGCCCCUGCCCGCCGCAGCCGGGCCAGCCGGGGAACAGGGCACACCACCCCAGCCCAGGGCUCUCCAGCCCAGGAAGAUGUUCCCAGUUCCCCAGAUGAUGCUUCAGAUGAAAUCAUGGACCAGCUGGUGAAAUCUGUGACGCACAACCCCAACCCCCGGCCCUGCGCCAACAAGGAACGCAGGAGGUCCCGUGGCAAUAGGAAGUCCUUGCGACGGACGCUGAAGAGCGGGAUCAGUGACGACCUGGUGCAGGCGCUGGGCCUGGGGCGGGCAUCUGGCAUGGAGGUUUGA